CACGUUGCGUUGCGCACUCAAGCAAAAGAAAAGUAGUUCGGGCAAUCGUACAAAAUCCAAAGCAACUAAAUCUGAAGCAUCUCCAUUAGCUUUCACAAAUCAAGCGGAAGCGAAACCAAAUCCAUCAUCUCUCUGAAGAGAAGAAGAAGUUUCGGAUCUUCAAUGGCCGAGUCAAACCCUCGCAAAGAUGAUAAUAUAAAAUCACCCAACAUUUUUGAACGAACCAAGGAAGCAAUUGAAUCAAUUUCUCACAAACAGCAGAAAUCACCGACAUACCAGAACAAGGAAACACACGGAUUGCGAGAUGAUAUCGACGAGAGCACUCAAAUUAACGAUGUCAAGGCUCCGAAUGUAUUCGAGAGAGCCAAGGAAGAGAUUGAUGCGAUUGUUCAGGCGAUCCAUACAAAGAAAGAGUGUAAGAAUCAUCAUCAUGAAGCUAAAAGGUCAGAUACUGAAUCAGUUUCUCAUUCUCAUGGUAGCAGAGAUGAAAAGGUUUCAAAACCACAUCAUCACAAAGAAACUCAUGGAUUGAGCAACGACAUUGACGAAAAUACCAAUGUCGAUGAAGUUAAAGGUCCAAAUGUGUUCGAACGAGCUAAGGAAGAAAUCGAGGCAAUCGUUCAAGCAAUUCAUAGCAAGAAAAAGACAUAAAGGAAGCUCAAGUUUGAUUGUUUUCUUGAAAUCGAUUAGGAUUAUUCAUCUUUUCUCGUUGGUUUCUUGUAUGAAUUAUUAUUAUGGUAUAAACUAGAUCAUAUCUUGAGAUAAUUAUGUGAUGUUUAUUUAGUAAGAAUCAAAAUAUGAAAACACAGUAAAAUGACAUUUUCGAAUUCGCCUCCA